AAAUUUUCAUCGUUCCAAUUCCAAACAUGCCCAAAUAGCCUAGGGCAGCCCCCACUGCCUCUCCCCGGUACGAAAGCCGAAAUCGAAAUCGUCCCAAAUUCCCAAUUGCAGCUUCCACAUCUCCGCUCCUAUGGCUCGCCGGCGUAGACGCCCCUCCGGCCGGGUCGCUAAGGUGGCGGCGACGCCUGCCGAAGACUCGCCGACCGACACGGACCCGACAUCCUUGUCCUCUUUCCCUUCCGGUACAUCCACCGACCCGGCCACCUCCCAUCACAAAUCCCCUCUCUCUGGGUUUCAACCGCUCCAGGACGACGACGACGAUGAGGCUUGGACUCAGUCGGACAAGAGGGCCAUGAGGCGGAGGCUGCUGGACAUGAUCCACCGCUUCUACCUCGACGCCAUCUCGCGGUUGCCCCCAACCGAGUUCAGGAGGACCACCGGCCUCGCGCGGGGCCUCUUCGUCGGUGGCCACUGCUUCGGUCCACUCCACCCCGUCCACAACAUCGUCGUCAACUCCAUCUGGUACGGCACCGCCUUUCCCGUCCGGCGGCCCGCCGGCAUCGACAACGAAGAUGAGGCCAACGCACUGCUCAGCACCGACGGCAUUGCCCGUAUCUGCCACCGCUCUCUCGACGGGCUCGUGGCCGCCCUCCGCCACCUGUGCCCCUCCCUCUCCAACGGUGAUACUCUGUGGCGGCUCUUCUCUAGCGCUGACAUCACCGCUGCCCUCGCACUGGCAAACGGGGUCAGCAAAUCAAGCGCGCUGCGUGUCGUCGCGUCUCAGGGCCAUGCCGCUUUUCAUCUGGCCGCCUUGGUUGCACAACACCCCGAUCCCACAGCCUUUACUGACUUCGCAUCAUCAGCGUUACCUUCUAUCAACGGGCAACACAACAUUGUUCAGCUCUUGAUCAUGAAGCAUGCGCUCGCAACUCGGCACAUCAACUACCUCUCCAAAGUGCUGAUGCCGUCAUCACCAAAUGGACCUUUUGUGGCGCCUCUCAUGCUAAGCGCACGAGUCCUUGACUGUAUUGCAUCUCAGAGGCAGCAAUUCAAGGGCAUAGGAAAACAGAUGGUCAAUGUUGCCAACAUGGCACUUCAAGAAUACACUCAACGGUCUGGUCAACAGCUGACGCUUCAUUCCGUGUGUGGCUCUAAUCUGCUAAAGGAGGAGGGACUAAAGAACUGCUACCACAUCAAUUUCCUGGCGUGCCACGACGGCUCUGGUUCUCGAGUAGGCACUCCUGUGCUCUUCUUCACUGAGGCAGUUAUUCUUUCUUGUGAUGAGACUGAUAUCCACCUAUGCGUGCCAGUUGAUCCAGUCACAGACAUUGGCUGCUGCUUUGCUUGUGAGAGCAACAGGAAGAAGGUGGUGCACCCCUUUUAUGAUAAAUACCUUGGUGGCCGUGAAUUUCAAGAGGAUGAAGUCGAUUGUGGCAAUGAUUUUCCAAUUCCCUUGGAUGUAGACUAUCUUUUUUGAUGCUGAUAGAGACAGGGCUUUUGCAAAUUACUUGUGGAGGGAGAGCACGGAUCAUUGAGUUUGGCUGUUAGGAGUGGUGCCAUGCUGUUAAUCUUUGGAACCCGGAAGAUAAACCAUAGGGAUUGUUUGGGUGUCUUGGUGGAAGCGACUAAGCAAGUGCGAUGGUAGACCUACUGGGUUGUUUUUCAAAAUAGAAUAGAACACUGCAGCUACCGUGGUGCUUAUCUCUCUUGUUGUCAUGAGUUGGUUGAUAAUGCAGACUAUUUCUCCGAUCAUGUAUAUAGUAAUCAAUAACAAGAGUAGUGUUUGGUUCUGCGCCCAGUUUUCUGUUCCCCUUGUUUUGGGCCUACUUAUCAUUAACAGACAUGCUACAUUUCCUAGCAUGAGUGCAUGAGGUUGAUAGGCGCAUGGAAA